AUGUCUAUGGCUAGCGGCAGGGUACAGCUGUCUGACAGUGACAAUGACAUCCAUGCAGUCAGGUGUGGUGUGCCGUGUGCGGAGUGUUUGAGAGUGUCGGGUGCCGAUGCCGAAUUGGGAUUUUGUUCGAUUGAAUAGUGUUCCUUAUAGUGGAUUGAUUCUCAACAAGUAAAUUAAGGAAUUGUCGAAUCAAGGAAAUAAUGGAGUUAGCAUUUAUGCAAUUCAAAUCCAUUAUUGAUAGAAUUUGAACAUAACAUUCUGUUACUUACAUCUCCAAAUUUAAUAUGAAAGAAAAAUGGAAUUACAUUUUGUACCUCAUUUGGUUUGCAUAUCUUAUAGUAUCUGCGGGAUUAAUGUUCGCACAUGGUUUCCUUUUAUCACGUAAAUCAUUAAAUGAUGUGACUGAAUGUGUGCCAAUUAGCGACUUCGGGUGUGAUGGGUGGGAAAAGGGGAACUCUACAGUUGCCUGCACUGACGAGGAAAAGAUACGACGUAUAUUGUCGAAUCCAGGGUCUAACAUUGCUUGUGCCCCUGUGCGUUCUCGUGUGGUGUUCAUAUUAGUAGAUGCUUUGCGAUAUGACUUUGCUGAGUAUGAUCCUGGUAUAAAGACGCCAUUGCCGUACCAGAACCGUCUUCCAGUAAUUAAGGAGAUACUCGACAAGUGGCCAGAGCGCGGUCGUCUCUACCGCUUUAUGGCUGAUCCACCGACAACAACAUUCCAGCGUAUCAAAGCACUUGUAACUGGGUCUUUGCCAACUUUUGUCGAUGCUAGCUCAAAUUUUGCAGCUAUAGAAUUGCAUGAAGACAACAUUAUUGAUCAGGUUACAAAAGGUGGAGGCAAAGCAGUAUUGUUAGGUGAUGAUACUUGGUCUCGAUUGAUACCAGGGAAGUGGUUAAGAUCACAUGCUCUAUAUUCAUUUCACACAUGGGACUUAGAUACAGUGGAUACAGAGGUUGAUUCAAAAAUAUAUGAUGAGUUGAAGAAGAAUGAUUGGGAUAUACUUGUGGCUCACUAUUUGGGAGUAGAUCACGCUGGGCACAGAUACGGACCUAACCACCAGGAAAUGACAAGAAAAUUACAGGAGACUAAUGUUCGCAUAAAGAAAAUUGUUGAAACACUUCCAUCUGAUGUCCUGCUCUAUAUUGUUGGAGAUCACGGCAUGACUGAGACAGACUCACAAGAAGGAAAAAUCUUGGAUGGUGAUCACGGUGGUGAAAGCAAAGCUGAGCGAACUGCGGCGUUGUUUGCUUAUCGCCGUGAGGGGCUUGGUGGAGAUGGUAGCCAGUUGAGUGUCGGUACAGAAGUGCAGCAAACAGACUUAGCACCUACAUUGAGUGCGGCUUUAGGACGUCCUCCUCCCGCGCCUUCUCUUGGAUCUGUCUGGCUUCCCGUACUCCCCAAAAUGACGCUUCUUAACACUCUGCUACAUAUAAGCAAUAACCUGAAGCAGAUCAGGCAAUAUCUUAUACGCUAUGGAGAGGAAUCUCAGCAGAUUGCUCUUGAUAAACUAGCUCAUCUUAUAAAUUCUACUAGGGAACAAUUAGACAAGGCGGCGUAUGUAGAAACAGAACAAGAUUUGAGUAUAUUCAUGAAUGAUGUCAGAGGACUGAUUGAAAACAUCCGCACUGUAUUCCGAGAAGUUUGGGUGGAAUUUGACUCAUUAUCUAUGUUAAGAGCACUAUUGCUACUUCUCUUAGCUAUAUUCUUUAAUUGGUUGAUUACUGAAGGUUUGCCUAUGGAGCAAAUUCCUUUAAUAUUUGCUAGUUCCUUUGUUUCAAGUGGUUGGUAUGCUAUGGCAGUGUGCAUAGGAAUAUGUUAUAGUGCAUUCCAUUUCGAACUAAUAGAAGAUCUAGAACAUGCCAUAUAUUUAAGUACUGGUUUGAUAUCAGGAGCUAUAAUGUGCACUCUAGUCAUUAUGCAUUGGGAUGGAAUCUCGCAAAGAUGGUAUGAAGGGCGCUCAACAUUUUACGAACGGUUUUCUAGAGGAGCUCUUACGGCUUCAGCAGCAGUUUUAGUAUCAAAUAGUUACAUCAUUGAGGAGGGAGCUGAGUUAUCCUUUUUGGUUUUGAGCGCUUUAGGUUUGAUGGCUUGGUAUAUAGGGACGAUCAAAGCUUUGGCCGUAUGGGUAUGCUGUGGUGUAGUACUAGCGGUCACGAGAUCUUACAGGGGAUGCAGGGAAGAACAGGGGGAUUGCUGGACAGACGGGGAAAGUAUACCAACAGGACAAGCGACCAGGGCUGCGUUAGUGUUAGCUUUAGGAUCUGUAGCUGCUGUGGUAGCUGUAGCGCGACGCCACAUUGGAUGGCGUGGAUAUGGUGUAGUACUGGCUGGGUUAUUCGCUUGCGCCCAUUGGGCAGUUGGCUGGGGUACACUGGGCUCGCCUAGUAGGUCGCGAUUGCUAGCGCGCGGGUCUUGGUUAAUUUUAAUCGCUAUGUUUGCAAUGCUCUGGAGGAAGGAAGGCAAAGGAGCCUUAUUGCCAUUGACGGUGUGCAGUUUGCUUUUGUAUAUUGGCAACACAUUGGUGUUAGGAGUUAGUUUCGCCCCGACUGCUGCGCUGGCGCUUGUGUCUGGAUUCUUGGUUUUGAACAUAGUUUCGAUGUUGAAAAGCGGCGGGAAUUCGAAGUUUUCAUUGUCAACAAGAUGCGGCUCUAGUGUGGCAUGUGUUUGGGCAUUACUUGCCUCUUAUUACUUCUAUGGGACCGGUCACCACGCGACCUUGGGCCAUGUGAGAUGGGCGCCAGCGUUCCACGCGGGGGAUCCGAACUAUCUCGCUAUAGGAACACCCGUUACGGCCGCAUUGGUGGCGCUUGAUCUUUUCGGUAUACCUCUAAUGUUUGGCGCAGCGGUGCCUCUCCUAGCUCUGUGGGGCAGAAACGGAGCAAGCAACGUUGGUCCCAGAACCCAGUUGGCAGCUGUGUUCUUGUUGUGCCUGAAGUUUUCUAUGUGCUUCGCAAUAAGAGUAUUCGCCAGCGCCUUAUCAUCCACCAUCCACUGCCGGCACCUGAUGAUAUGGGGCGUAUUCGCUCCCAAGCUUAUAUUUGAGUAUUUAACUUGCUGUGCCGCACUCUUAGGCACCGUGAUAGGAGCAACGUUGACCACUUGGCACACUUCCGUCCAACAGCGUUCUAGUUGACCCAAGAGAUCUAUUUAAGUUAGCCAGUAAGGUUAUUGAGGUCAUAAAGUAACGCUACUUAUUGUAAAUUAGAAGAAAAAAAUUGAACAAAAUUUUAUAUGACUAGCUUUGGCAGUUCUAUAAUGUUUUUUAAAGGUAAUUAUGGUACUCUCGAUUUAAAACUACUUAAUUUGGGAUCAAAUUUGUGUAAUCGGACAAAAAGUAUAUAAAAUAUGUAGUGUUAUCAUUGAAUGCAAUGUUGGAUAAAAAAAUCUAGGUUAGUUGUCAGUGAUUUGAGUUAGAAAAGAACUAUCUACAUCAAGAUAAACCUCCGUAUCGCUGUUACUCAGAAAUUAGUUUAAUUAUUGUCGCAGCUCUUAACUUUAUCUAUGAUAAUAUAUGAAUAAGAUUCAUAUUUAGUACUUUUGUGUUGUUAUUGUGCUUAUUUUAUAAUCUGACCGACGUUUUGUAGACUGCGUCAUCAAAGGGCUUACCAUAUUGCUAAUUGCUUGAAUUAGGCAAUUUUAUUGAGAACUUAAUUUUGUGAAUGUGUUAUUGUGACUGUUGAAUGUUGCAUUUAAAAUAUAAUAGUAUAAUAAUAAUAAUAAAAUAGAAUGUAGUUCUAUUAAUUAUAAUUUAAACAUCAUUCAUCAAGUGCCUGUAAUGGUUUUUGUGAAAUUAACUUAGUUGAAUUUGUCUAGUAUGUCCAAGGCCGUCUCAUCACAAUAUAAAACCCUCGAAUUACUAAUAAAGCUCUUACUUCUUAUUGCAUAGGCGUCGUUAAAUCAUGCAUUAUCUAAUCACCGAAAUAGUCAUUGUGGUAUUAAUAAUGAGAACUUUUUACAUGUUUUACCGUAGCCUGGUCAAUACAGCAAAAACAACAUUAUAUAGGUUUUUUCUGUUUAAAUAUAUUUUAUUAAAAAAUUAACUGGUUACUACGCAUAUUAUAGUCUUUAGUUAAGUCUACUUUUAAAAGCAGUACCGCCUGCUAAAUGUAUGUAGAUGCUGUAUAAUUCAUAGAUUAACUCUAGCAAGGAACAGAUAUAAUAAUCUAAAUGAAGUUUUUGAACUUUACCAGUUUCCAUAGUUAGUUUAUAAUAGGGAUGACAAACUUCGUUUUCUUCAUCUAUCAGGUAGAUUAUCAAAAAGUAUUGGACACGUAUUUUAUCAUCUUUAUUCACGUAAUCAAAACAUUACAGAGACAUAUUGAAUUAAAAUGUCGCGUGACGUAACGCGACGUAGUACAUUUUUUACUUAGAAGUGACAUCACCGGCCCACACGCCCAAACUAUGUCACGCUUUAUCUUUGAUUGACAAAAGAAAACUGAGUGUCAAUUUUUUUUGAUAAAAAAGCUGAGGGAAUAAUUACAUUUUCGUUUAAUUUAUGAUCCCUAUUAAUAUUUCUCGGUUUUCGCAACUAAUUUCAAGCACAUUCGGUUCUCACUUGGCAUAUUUCCGAAAUCAGCUUUAAAAAGCCUAGAUCAAAUCUGAAUAUUGAGAUAGUUAGAGAUUUUCACUCUCGUUUUAAAUAUAAUUUUUAUUUGAAUGGGAAUGUUACGUGUGCAUUAGAAAUUACGGGUUAGUAAUUAUGAUUACAGUUAUUUAAGUUAUUAUAGCUUGAAAUAUGCUAUGCUUAAGUUCAUUAAUUGCUUUCAGCACCCCAAUUUAUUGGCACUAUUAAACAUAAUAUUUAAAAAAUAAGAUCUUUUACAGCUGUAUUCUGCCUCAAAAAGAAACAGAAAAAGUAAACUAGGGUUUACUAUCUUUGUCGCGAUCCUUUAGGGGAAGUCGGACAGAGUCCGUUUAAGAAGAGGGAUUUUUUUGUAUUUUAUUGUCAAUAGGGUAGUUAAAAAAACAUCAAAAUUGAAGAUUUCAUUCACAUUAAGUAUUUGCCUCGGUAUUACAUAAAAAAUAUUAAGGUUGUAUUAUUUAAUUAUGAGUUUUAGUGAGUAAUGUCCAAAGCAUUUUAUAGUAUUUAAUAAUUUUGCAAUGACACUGCCAGUGUGGCUGUUGAUUUUUAAAUUGAAAUUAAUAAUAAUGUUGACAAAUUUUUUAUAAUUCGUUACACGCUUUGCAUUAUAUUUAUAAUAUCUAUUGAAUAAAUUCAAUUAAUGAAUGAAUUAAGUUUAUUUUCAUUCAUUAAUUUAUUAUAAAUUUUAGUGUACAGUUCUAAGUUAAUAAUGAAUGUACAAAAUUGUAGUUAGACUAGAAAAUUUACAUCACUAAACAUAAGCUUGAUAUUCAGUUUUUCUCAUAUUAUUAAAUUGAACACUAUUGUAUCAUAUUGUUUUACAACAUACAUAUUUACCUUCAUGCUAUUAUAAUCCUUGCGGUGUUGGUACAGUUUAUUCCCAGUCGGCCCCCGCGGGGAUUGCCACCGGAGACAAAUGGGAAUAAAAAGUGAACGUUAAUUACGGGAAAAUACGAUCAAAAGGUGUACUUUGACCCCCUUAAUAAUAAACAAGGAAUAAGCUUAGACUAGUUACGCCGUGUUUUGUUCAUGUCACUCAAAUGCUAUUUGACAUUCAAUAGACAGAGACAAAAACAUAGAGUAAUACAAGCGUAGUCUUCGUUUAUUAUUAAGAGGGUAAAAGUAAAAGUCGCCAUGUUUGGCAUCGGUUUGUCUAAGAUUAUGCUUGGAAACAAUGGUAAAUCACAAUUGCAAAGUUAAAUGUAGCCGCUAGGUAAACAUUAUACCUUUUCGGUUCAACAGGUUACACAUACAGGCACAUUUUUUAAAUGGUUGGAAUUGGGAUAGUAUCGCCAACGAUAUUAAUUACCCUAGAAACACCACGUGCGCUCAAAAUGUGACCCAAUUAUGAAGUGCUUCAACACCACUCAAGCACUUCUUGGUUCAGAGUCACGCGCGGACUGUAGAAAAGUCAAGAUACCCCAGAGCUCCGUGAACACACUUUUUUCGACAGGUUUGUUAAUUUAACGCAAUUUCGUUCUAUUCUAUAUGUGUGAUAUUCAAAUGCUUGGUCGGUAAUACAGCCGUAUAUUUUCCUCGCGGUCCGUACCUGCUGUAUUCGUAACAGCGCAUUCAGAAUUGCGUCAGAGUCAAAGAAAUAAGGUCUAUUUCCGCAUAUAGCAAUAAGUCGUAAAAUUUUAUGAACCUGCAUUUCGAACUGUCAUAAAUCUUUGCCGCUUGCGUUUUAAUUCUGACCUUAUACAGCAUGUAGGUAUUAAAGGUGACUUUCAAUAUUCAAAAAAUACCUUGUAUUGUUUUUGACUACGCGAUCAUCUUACGGAGCUCCGUGGAUCGUCCAAUGUACCUUUUGGAAAGGUUUCGGCCACGAUUUUGAUCGUGUUGGUGUAUCUAGGGUAUUUAAUAUAGUUGAGUAUCGCCUAUUUUACUGACUUUCCUUAUUUUGGUAUUUCUUAUAAUGGUAAGAAGUUGAAUAGUAUUUUUAUAUACUUAAUUUUAAUGAAUAUCUUUUAUGGUUUAUUAAAUGUAAAAUUUUGGUCCUUGGUAGGUAUGUAUUCCAAAUAUCUGAAAAUGUAGCAAUGUACAAAUACUAAUUCACCUGUAAAAACUGUAUCUUUAUAGUUUUUAAUAUUUUAUUGAUACUCCAAAUAAACUUUUUAGGAAAACUAAAGCAAUUGUAUGCAAAAAAUUGUUGUAUUACUUUACAUUUUUAUUUAAAAUAAACUGUUUACAUUGAAUUAUUUGGGUUUAAUUAAAAGAAAAAAAACGGACAUGUGCUAGUCACAUGUGAUAGAAGUGAAUCCUACAUCCUAAUGUGAACACGUAAAAGCCCUUUAUGACUAGAUUCGUCUUAAAUACAACACCUGUGUUAAAAUUCAACUCUAGGUCAAAAUUAAAUAUUUUUUACUUAAACUAGUAGCCCGCCCUCGCUUCGCUUCGGUGUAGAGCUGUAGUGUAGACUAUAGUUAUUGUUCUCAGACUUGUAUUAUAUACACACAAUGGUGCCAAUUCUGGCGUGAUUCUCUAAACUUAAAUCUAAAUUUAACAUCAGUCUCUCCUUUUCAUUCUGUAUAGAGAAUAACAAGGAUACACUGUUGUCAAAUUUAAGUUUAGGUUUAGAGAAUCAUGUCAGAAUUGAUACCAAUGACUUUCUUCAUUUAAAUAUAAACCUUGUGUGAAAAUUUGUUUAACUGAUAGAGAAAAUUUUGCUGCGUAAUUUUGGACCCGUUGUAUAGAAUGCACCAUUGCUCUGCUGUUAAAAGUGUGUCCUCCUUACGAUUGGUCCAUGCCCAAUUUAUUAAUCUAGUAUAGUUAUAAUAGUAUUAUUAAAUGUAUCUAUUGACGCAGUGGUUUGUACACACCCAUCACUUUUAUCACUCACAAUUAUUGCACUAAUGGUCGCGUCGGAUGUUUGUAAUGUGAUACGGAUCAUAUGAAUUAGUAGUACAUUUUUAUUUGACUCGACACGCGUGGCGUUGCGUCGCGUUUCAUAAGUCUGAUUCAGCCUUAUUGUUUAUUUUUUGGGGGUUGAACGUUCUAUUAAAAAGUCCGCGACAGCAUAUAUCCAUUUUUUUAAGUUUGACUCAUUAUAACCUUUUUCCUCAAAUUAACACAGGUGAAACCGCAAAGGAUCUCUAGUUGUGACAUAACUGUAAUAGUUAAGUAUACGGUAUUCCGAAUACUUUUGUAGGUAUAUUCCUCUAUAAAACUACUUUAUUUCAUCACUUUGCUCUAUUGUCUAAGACUUCCGCAGCGUACGCGUACUUAUAAGGUUAUUUUUUUCACAUAUUGGGUUACAUUAUGGAAGUUUUCAUACGGAACCCUAACGUUUUUGAAAAUACUCUAUAGUCCAUGUUUUACAGGGAUAAUGUAGGAUUCUAAAUGUGAAAGAAUUUUUCAAAUCACUCCAGUAGUUUCGGAGCCUAUUCAAUACAAACAACCAAAUAUUCUCUUUUUAUCAGGGGAGUCUUAACCAUAUGCGGCGCCCGGGUGCGAAAGCCAACAAUACGCCCUCUUUUUUAAAAAAAAAUACAAAAUUAUUUUUCAUUGUAUAGACUGCUACAAAAAUAUAGAAGAAAUAAAUAAGCAAGCAUACUUAUGUAUGUAUAUGUGUAUAUAAGUAUUAUAGUUUGACUGAGUUGACUAGAAAAACGUAAACAAUCAAUAAAACUGACUGUAUGUACUUAAAUCGUAAGUUUUAAUUUUGUUUUUAAACAUUGAUUUAAAGUAAUAUUUGAGGAGCUGGCGAACAAAACGGUAUAAUUUACUUUUUUUACAGUCCGGAGGUUCCGGCCCCUUGAAUUUGCAUUUCAAAUAAUUUUCAAUCAAAACCGCCUAAAACAGUGUUAAAAUUACAAAUUUAUAAAUUAAAAACCAUGCCAAAAGCUCACUGGAGUUAUGUCAUUCAGUUUUAUACAGCUCCUGUCAAAUUGAAUUUUAUGUAAUUAUACCGUUUUGUUCGCCAGCUCCUCAUUUAUAAAAUUGCAGUUGGGUAAGGGUAAUAGGUAGGUAGGUACUAUCUUCCACCAGAUUCAUUCAGAUGUUGAUCGCCCGGCCCGGUGGGCGCCCCCUAGGGUCCGCGGCGCCCGGGUGCGUCCGCACCCAGCGCUCCUAUGGGAAAGACGCCCCUGCUCUUUACAAUCAUUAGUAUAGAUUGUUUCGAAAAAAAAAAUAACCAAGCCUAUGGAUCAAACCACCGAUCAUUUGGUGUCGACCUCAAGUGUCAUUUCUGGGUUGUAGUAUUGAAUUGUUUAGUAAAGUUCCCCAAGAUCUGAUUGAGCUUCCACUGACCAAAUUUAAAUCUCAGAUCAAGAAUACUCUUAUGAAUAAGGGCUAUUAUAAAGUUGAUGAUUAUCUAAAUGAUCGAAAUGCAUGGACAUAGUCUUUCUUGUAUUUUGUUAUUUGAUGGGUAUUAGUCAUUUUUCAUAACAGUAAUAUAGUACCUUUCUUAUUCCGCUUCCUUUAUACUAAAUAUAAUAUUAAAUUUAUUGUAACUAUAUAUUUAUAUUCUAAAUGAUGUACUUAAUGGAAAGUGAAUUCAGACGUAUCACUGAAGUCAUUUUUAAACUUGACGACUGUAUAUAACAAUACAGGGAGAAAAAAACAGCCCUUGCCGAGUUUCUUGCCGGUUCUUCUCAGUACAAGGUCUCCCGCCGUAGUUUUGCGAACCGAUGGCGUAGCUUCUUGACAUUCACAAGUGCUUGUAACAGCCUAGACUGAAUAAAUGACUUUUUAUUUCAUUUAAUUUCAAGACCGUUUGGCUAUCUGUCUCACAAGAGACAGAAAUGAUAAAAUUUGGGAUACCUAUGUUGUGUCAAAUACUCUAUUUACGUUUCAUCGAAUCUCAAGGCACAAAGAUACUAAAGAAGUUUUCACUUCAAAAAAACAACUCAUGAAAUAUAUUACAUUUACUAUUAUUUUGAAUAAUAUACAAUCCAUGGAAUUAUAAUACAUCAUUGGUAUUGACUUGUAUUCAAAAAGGUAUCCUGAAACUUAAUAAAGGUAUAUCAGAAAGCAAUAAUGAAGAUGUCGAUUGUGACUAAAUUAGCACCUUUGCACACAAAUAUUUGAACAUCAAGGAGAAAGUUCCAUUACCACAGAAUAAAUCCCAAUGCCAAUCCUAAUCUCGAGAUCAAGAGUAUCGAUUUAUGUUUAGCAUUUUCACGUAGAUGGCGCUGGUGGUUCAUAUGGGUUAAUCAAGUGUUCAGAGAAUGCAUUGACGGCAGCCGCACCGCGGACUUCCUUAUCAAGAAGGGGCAAUUUGGUUACAUGGAAAUCUUCAUAUAAAUCUGCGAUUUGCUCCAAAUAUUUCUCUUGAACUUUGUGCCGGGCGGCGCAAAGUUCACACGGUGCUGAAGUUCGUAAUAAAAGCUGGUUAACAAUAAUAUUGUGCGUGUCUAUACCGCACCUCGUUAACUCUUGAACCAAACGCUCAGUCUCAUACAGCGAUAGAAAUUCUGCAAUGCAAACACAUACAAACGUAGUCUGGUUGGGGUCCUUGAAUUGCGUGUUAACUUGUCUGAUCACAGAGAGCAUCUCGUCCAUUUUAUUGCUGAACAUGUCAGAGUUGAAUUCGGCCAGGCCAAACAAAGUCGCUACUUGGUUUAUGAAUGGUGCAACCUGUAAUAGUAAUUUAAAAUUUUAGUAUUAAUUUAAUAAUAUUUAUAUCUGUAUAAUAUAUAUUAUUGGUGUAUAUAAUGCCUCAUCCAUAAUGUCACAUUCAGAUUGUAUUUAUUCCCAAAUGCACAACUAGAUCUCCACCAGAAUAAGUAACUUUUUUAUACGUGUUGCACCAUGCUAUACCAUGAUGUAUACCCCAACAUGCUUUGUCUUAAAAGGAAAAUUAUUUAGAAAAGGUAAGUUUAAAGUAGCGAGAAGAAGAAGCCGAAUUUCCUUCAAGAGAACCAAUACUUUAAUGAUAUUUAAAUUUUAAUAAAAGCAGAUUUUUUUUGAAGUUGAUUUGUCUAAUGGUUAGGAAAAACCAAAACAAAUAAUUUUGUCAAAAUAUUCUCUAGUUGUCUUUAAGAAGAGCUCUUCCUGAUUCCUGAUGACUGCUGUUGUCAUAUUUAAUAACAUGAUGAAUGCUCUUUUAAAAAAGUUCUCGAAUUUUUUUCAAGACUACAAUGAAUUGCCUAGCCUUAAGGUCAUAGUGCACUAGACCCACCCGGCACCUGACCAACACCCUGUCAACCAGCUUACGUCGGGUGGGCCACGGGUGAACGCCACGUGGAAAGCCCACACGUACGAUACGUUUUUUGCAUGCGAGCACCACCAUGGUGGUCACCACGGUGUCAUCUAGCGAGCGAGGCGAGACGAGGCGGUGGCGGUACGGAGUUGGUACAGUGAGCGCAGACACAUAGAAAUCCAUACAAAGAAUAUCACGCAUGAGUUGAGGUGGUGCUGGUCAGGUGUCAAGCAGGUCAAAUGAGCUAUGACCUCUAACUUAUGGCUCCAUCUUAUGGAGGCUGUAGACAAACAAAGAACAUAGGAAAAAUUGGUUGUUUGGAUAGAAUGCCAAAUUGAUUUAAUCUUACCUUUGAUUUAAGGCGCAUCAACUUGCCAAGUCCACGUUCAACUACUUGUGGAAAUGACAGCAAACGUAGUGUGUGACCAGUAGGAGCAGUAUCAAAGACAACUGCACUGAAAUUCAUGCCUUUCACUAGUUUCAUGACCUGAAACAAUCAAUAAGAAUAUUUUAAGCAGAAAGCUACCAGUGAAAUUUAUCUAUGAACGCAUGUAAAAGUUUGGUUCUGUUUAAUCCCAUAAAUGCAAUCAGCGCUUUCUGUUUACACAAUCGUACUUUAACAUUGGUCCACAACCAAUUUUGCUAGCUUCAAUUCAUGUCCGCUGGUUGCUUUCUACUUAACACAGGUCCUUUAUCUUCUAUACAUAUAAAUAAAAUUGGAGUGUCAGUUUGUAAUAUUGAAAUAACCGCUUUUUACUACAUGCAUAUAAAUAUAUAUAUGGUACAAAUAAAUAAAUACAUAUAAAUAUAUAUAUAUCUACACCAAAACAAUUUUUUUACAAUUUUUGUCUCUCUGUCUGUUUGUUCUGGCCAAUCUCUGAAAUGGCUGUACCAAUUUUGACAGGACUUUAAUUGGCUAAUAUAGUCCGGCCACUCAAGAUUCCGUUUCUGACAGGUUGUGUCAGUUCCUUAUGGUGAUAGCAUUAGAGUUAAUUUUCGAACCUCUUUUUAUUCUAUAGCCAUAAGGAACUGACACGACCUGUCAGAAACGCAAUCUCUGAGCCAUCGGGCUAUAGUUGAUGUGAUAAGGAGUAACCUAGGCUACUUAUAUUUAAAAAAUCUUAUAUUUUAGAAAAAAAAAACUAAGAGAAAAUUAUAUACACACUAUUGAUACUAUUGCAGGGCAUAAUUCAGGAAAUUUAAACUUUUUAAGAGCUUUUAUGCCCCACACAUAUUGAGUUACAGAAAUUAAAGUUAUAGAACUCCUUUGUGUGAUGGGGUCACAUAUAAACUGAUUUAUUUAUUUAAACUUUAAGGCUUUUACAUUGGAUAUGGCGGACUUGAUGCCAGCAUGGCAUCCUCUACCAGUCAACUAGAAAGAAUGUGCAGUCAACCAUAGAAAAGAGCAAACACCAAACAAUGAGAAAAACAAAAUUAAGUAGCGUUUAAUACUGAUUGAUUGAUAAAGUGAGCAAUGGUCAUAUUUUUGAUAAUGUUCAAAGAAUCAAUACAGACAUGAUUUUCAGUAAGAUAAUUGGGUCAUGUUACAGUCCAUGACCAUUUAAUCAAUAUAAUUAAUGAAUAAAAAUUCACCUCAGCAUAACUCAUAGCUUCGUCAAUCCCAGGGAAUGCUCCUACAAUUUCUUGCAUUACACCUUUGCCCAGUCUCAUAGCUUCAGUUUCACCUUCAAAAUAUUCUUCUGGUAGUUCUGUCACACCCACAUUAGGGUCGAUUUCCAUGGCAAACAGAUUAUCAAAUCCCUUGACCUUUGUUGGCACCUAAAAAAAUAAAAAAACUGUUAAAUUGCCAAAAAAUAUUUUAUUUUAAGAAAAAAAGUAUAAGACUGUAUUCAUUGAUAUUUUUUAACAAUGAGGAUAUAGUUUAAGCAGGGUUCUAUCGAAUAAAGAAUAAUGAUUACUAAUACCAUUACAAAUUUCCAAAUGACCAAGUUACCCUAAAUAUUGGUUGCGUUUAGCCAACAAAAAGGCUAAGCAGCAUUUGAGAAUGAUUAGACUAUGCUAAUAAGCGUUAUCAGCAUUAUUAGGAUUAAUAUUAAUAUAAAUUAUUUUUCAAUCCUCUAUUAAUUUCUUUUAUGGUUAUAUAUUUCACUAAGUAUAUAUAUGUCUAAACCCACAUGUAUAUCCAAUCCGAAUAUUGCUACUUAGCUAUCGCUAUUUUUCUUUUUAUGCUGCUUAGCCUUUUUGUCGGCUAGAUGCAACCAUUGAUUGAUAGCAAAGAUAACAAUUACCCAAGAAGUUUUUUUUGUAAAGGUUGAUUUUAUUCUUGCUGCAUAGUUGUUUUGUAUUAAAACAAUCUUUGGAUUCAUAUUCUCAUUUAUGAUUCCAACAGCUACUGCUUUAUAGAAAAAAGAAAGGUUUCUUCUUCUUUUUGGAAAAUGGACGUGCACUACCGAUGUGUUGAAGUUAAAAGUAUAUAAAUACCUUUGAAAACUUCUGGUCAAAUGCAUCAGAGAUAUUGUGUGCAGGAUCAGUAGAUAUUAUAAGAACAGAUUCCCGGACUUUGGAUAGUUGGACAGCUAAACUACAGCUGAAAAUGUAUAAAAAAAGAAUUAUUAAAAUUUCGUUCAUUUCAUUGUGUUAAUAACCCAAUAAAAUUCUCAUUCUACCUGCAUGUAGUUUUCCCUACACCACCUUUUCCGCCAACGAAAAUCCAACGAAGGGACUUUUGGUCGAUAACAUUUUUCAGUGAAGGUUCCAAGGGCUCGAAAUCUUUGUUUUCGUCCAUUUUUGUGAUAUUUUACAACAAUUUCACCAAAAUUAAAUUUCACGUUAUCAAUUUGACGUAAGUGACGCAAGUGACGUGAUUGUGACGUGACUUAAAA